AUGAUUGGAUGCAAUGACUCCACUAUGAAUGGAUUUGUCCUUGAAGGAUUAACAAAUCAACCAACACUGCAGUUGCCCCUCUUCCUCUUCUUCCUGGGCAUAUAUGGGGUCACCAUAGUAGCAAAUCUAGGUAUGAUCUUCCUUAUCACUUUCAAUACUAAGUUCCAAUCUCCCAUGUACUUUUUUCUUGGUAAUUUGUCAUUCUUGGAUCUCUUCUACUCCUCAGUUGUUACCCCAAAACUUCUAGGUAACUUUGUAUGGGAAGAGAAUGUCAUCUCUUAUCCCGGAUGUAUGGCACAGCUCUUUUUCUUCUGUGUGUUUGCCAUUGCUGAGUGCUAUAUGCUGACUGCCAUGGCUUAUGAUAGAUUUGUAGCUAUCUGUAGCCCACUGCUGUACAAUGUCACUAUGUCUCGAAAGGUCUGCAUUGGGUUGGUGACUGGAGUAUACGUCACAGCAACCCUUGGAGCUGCAGCUCACACUAUCUCCAUGGCCCAACUUUGCUUUUGCAAGCAGACUCUCAUCCACCAUUACUUCUGUGACAUACUUCCUCUCCUAACACUCUCUUGCUCCAGCACCUAUGUCAACAAGCUUCUGGUGAUACUUGUCGGUGGAUUCAAUGUGUUAGCAACCACUGUUGCCAUCGGCAUCUCUUAUGCCUUCAUACUCUCCAACAUUCUCCGGAUACCCUCCGCAGAGGGUAGGUCCAAAGCUUUUAGUACCUGUGGCUCUCAUCUUACAGCAGUUGGGGUGUUCUAUGGAUCUAUCACAUUUAUGUAUUUUAAGCCACCAUCUAGUAGCAGCAUGGCCCAGGAAAAGGUGGCUUCUGUAUUCUACACCACAGUGAUUCCCAUGCUGAACCCCUUGAUCUACAGCCUGAGGAAUAAAGAUGUAAAGAAUGUGCUGGGCAGAGCAAUGAGGAGGAGGUAA